CUGUGGGACAGAAGUGCCAUCUCCUACUUGGGAUGUGCUGCACAAGUCUUUUUUAUCGUUUUCUUGAUCUCCGCUGAGUAUGCUUUCCUCACUGUCAUGGCCUAUGACUGGUAUACGGCCAUCUGCAAACCCCUGCACUAUGGGACCCUCCUGAACAGCAGCGCUUGUGACCACAUGGCAGCAGCUGCCUGGGGCAGUGGGUUUCUCUAUGCUCUGCUGCACACUGCCAAUACAUUCUCACUACCACUCUGCCAGGGCAAUGUUGUGGACCAGUUCUUCUGUGAACUUCCCCACAUCCUCAAGCUCUCCUGCUCAGACUCAGACUACCUCAGGGAAGUUGGACUUAUUGUGAUUAGUGCCUGUUUAGUCUUUGGUUGUUUUGUUUUCAUUGUGGUGUCCUAUGUGCAGAUCUUCAGGGCUGUGCUGAGGAUCCGUUCUGAGCAGGGACGGCACAAAGUCACCUCAGUGUGUCUUCCUCACCUGGUUGUUGUCUCCCUGUUUGUUAGCACAGUCAUAUUUGCCCACUUGAAACCUCCCUCCAUCUCCUCCCCAUCGCUGGAUCUGGUGGUGUCAAUUCUGUACUUGGUGGUGCCUUCAGCUGUGAACCCGCUCAUCUACAGCAUGAGGAACCAAGAGCUCAAGGACACACUGAGGAAGCUGAUCCAUUCACUCGUCUCUCAGCAGCGAUAA